ACACUCUACCGCUGCUACAGCUGCUGCGACGCUUGCCAAGUGAAAACAGCGGACAACGGCCGAUCCUUUUAUUCAGAAUAGCCCAGGUGUUGUUUGCUCGCGGGGGUGGUGCUGGUAGUGGUUAGACGAUAAGAAAAGGCACCUAAUUUCUGCAACCCGGUCGGGAGCACGGCGCAGUGCCUGCUCGCGGGAGUCAAGUUUGUUUGCCGCAGUUGCUGGCGCUCUGUCGGUUACCAGGAGCACGGGGUGAUAUAGUGCAGCGCAGUUGACCCGAAACAAGACGCCAUUGUUGCAAUCCCGAUGAAAACAGUGAUCAGCUGUCGUCCAGAAGUAAUGAUCGCUGGCCUUAGGUCAAAAUUUCAAAGUUUUGGCCUCACGACUAGUUCUGGAAGUUCCAAGAGCCUGAAGAAGAGUAAAAAAAUAGAGGAACAGCCUAAAAGACUCGCGGAAAGAGUUUUCGCUUAGGCUUGGUUUCGUUUCGAACGUUCGCACUUGUGACGCGACAGCAUUUGUGUUCCAGCAUUUCGACCGUGCACUUGCCAACUCAGUGGGACAAUGAAGCUUUUAGAAAGCAGCCGCUUCGAGGCCAUCAACUCGGCGUUGUGCUUCGAGACUGGCGAUUGCAAGAUCGUUGGCAGGAUUGAAAGCUACUCGUGCAAGAUGGUGGGAAGUGACAAGCGACUGUUCAAGACUAUGAAUGCUGAAGCAAGUGGUGGACUGAAUGACUUGCAAGCAUUAUCACCACCGCAAAGUGUACUGAUCUCGCAGAGCCCAAGUAGGCUUUACAGCCGGAGCCAGAGUGAUGACGGAGAGGGCCACUUGUGUGAUACUAUCAAUCGCAAGACUCUCUUCCACUUGAUUGGGACAUUGAAUGCAUCGUUCCAUCCCGAUUAUGAUUUCAGCCAGGCCAAGAGUGACGAAUUCAGCCGUGAGCCCAGUGUGGAUAGAAAAUGUGCCAGGAAAUCUCCCAGCCCAGGAAGCAAGCUGUGGGAUCUGGGUGGACUUUUGCAUCCGUCGAAUUCCCUUUACGCCCUCAUCCUGAACCUUGAGGACAAAAUCACUCGUUCCUUGAGCUCAGCACGUCUUCACGCCAAGUCGGCCUUAGAGAUGCUGAAGGGGAUUGGCGAGACACAACAAAUUGGCUGCCCAAAGCAUGGUGCUAUCUUGACCAAAAGUGGGGUGCGAUUUUAUUGCCUCACUCGUGUCCACUUUUUUUUUUGAAAGGCAUGAACCAAAAAGAAGACAAAAACAAAGGGCGGAGAGUUAAGCCAUGUGUACUCUAGUGGCAGAGCACGAAUACCUCGGCAUGCAUGGAAAUAAAUUUAUGUUUUUGUUGAAAAAGUGUCUCCUCUAUGUCUGCUGCUGGGGACGAUUCUCGAGCCAGAGGCUUCGCGACAUACGUAAGUUUUAGCACUCUUAAUUCGUUACUCGUCUAAGUUAAUGAGCAAUGGUAGGCUGUUAAAACUUCUAUGUUCGGAAACCGAUAAUUGAAUGCCAAGUGAGAAUUUAAGCUGCGACUUGCACAAGAUUGUGCGUCCGCGGCGAAGCACCAAAACGAGGCUCUUUUACCGACGUUUGUGCUCGUGGAUGAAGGAAUUUAACAUGCUCUAAGUAAUAUGAAGCUUUCCAGUAAUCGCAACGUCUCGUAACACACCUGCAGUUCUGCCGUGAGUAACCACAAUAUUACGAAAUCCACAAAAGUUGGUGUCGGGUCUCGCUCAUAUGCCUUCUCGAGAAUUGUUUUCAGAGGCGAGAAAAUAUAGAGAUACUUAAGCCACGAAAGACAUUACGUGCCUUAAGUAUCUUAAGUAUUGUCGUACAUUGACUCAAUAAAAAAGGUUUUCACCGAAAAUAGCUGACCGCCUUAUAGCGUGAGAGCAGGCCUGUAGCCAGAAAUUUUUUCCGGGGGGAGGGGCACUUGCUAAAAACUACGAGGAAAGGGGCCCCUAGCUCCUCCCCCCUCCCCCGGCUACGGGCCUGCGUCUAACUUCUGCGGAGAGCAGCGCACGCUUAUUCGUAUGUCGCCUGCGCAAGGGUACCCGCGCCUCUGCGUGCAGCGCUCCAAGCGGCAUCGGCGCGCUUUGGGGACCGGUUUCAGCAACCUCUUUUCACACCUCCUCAUUCUAGCCACCCUAAUGUGGCACUUUCGCUGUGGUUUUGGUUCGUGCAGUGCUGAAGUUUCUUUAUUGUGGUGUUGGAUCGUGUUGCUUCGUUGAAGGUGAAAAGGUGCUUACCGCGCUGCGUUGCUACACUGCUACAGGCAAGGCCUUAUCGGUUUUUGAGGUAGCUAUGCUGUAACUCGUGCUGCCGGUUGCGUGUAUGCCAUUCAGUUCCGUUGUGGGAUCAAAAGCUAAAUAUGCGUGCUGUUCAUUUGAUUACAUAACGGAGCUAUGCCUGGGUCAGUGUAUCUGGAGAUAAAGCAAAUUGUAGUUUCGAUUGUAACAGAAGUGCUCGUUUCUUUCUGUUCGUCGAUCUAUGUUAUUAAGUUUAUAAUAAAUAAGGUCGUGUGCUUCCGAACACUUGCUUGUUCGUGUUGGCAGCAGUUGAUAUUCAGGCAGAUAUAUGCGCGCACGCUAUGCACGCUACAGAUGCUACAAUUGCAGUGCUUAUAGAUAAGCUCGAAUAUUGAUAAGAAUGCACACAAGCAAAAAAAUGGUGUACUUAAUGAGGAUAAUUAAGUCAUCACAAGCAAAUUGAUUAGAACAAGCUUUUGUAGUGUUUGUUACUUUCUUUCCAAUGCGCGAGUUUCUGAUUUGCGCCGUUCUCCGUCGCACGUCCUCUGUACCUGUCAGGAAAUUAUAGAACGAUAGAUUGCCAUCUUUCUAUCACGAUGCCACGCAUUGCAACACACUGCAAUGAUCUCAGGAGGGUGCUUUCUUCUUUUACCUGUUUGCUCGUGCAGCACGGCAAAAUUAAAGGAACUAUGCGGCCGUGUCUCAACACGCGCAACAUGGUCACAUAUCUCCUUUCAAGGUUGACCCGGUUAGCGCCAUUUGCAAGCACAGCCGUUAGGUGGCAAGUGCUCAAUCGGAGUCGCGAAUAGGCUGUUUCUUUUUUUUUUUUUUUUUGCUGCCACGGAAUUUUUGUAGUAAUAAUACGCCACUGUUGGGAAUGCAUUGAAUUUGAAAAUCAGCUUUGUAAUAAUUGUUAUGUCAAUUUUUAAAUUAGAUUAUUGGACCAUUGAUCUCCCUAUUGUACUCUGUACCAUGCACCAUGAGCCCAUGUUGCUUAUUAACUUCCCUUACAAGAAAAAUAAACAAUUUUGU